UAUCACAGAUAAGGAGUGUUAUUAAUAGAUUUUUCUAAUAAUCGAUCGCACCCGCCGCCACCCUGAAGUUCAUUGUUAUUAUCUUGGCCGCCGGGAUGGUGGCCUUCAUCGGAGCGGUUAUCUGCAUCAUCGCGGCUGUCCACACCGGAUCCUCCAAGGCUGCCGCGGCACAACAGCAACCAGCAGUCGACACCCACUCGCUGUACCCGGACGCCGCGGCGCAGACACCCGCUGCUGCGGGUUCUAUUGCCCGGCCUGGCUCUUUGGGUGCUCUCCAUGGUUCUGAAACGCCCGAUUCAGAAGCGCCUACCUUCAACAUUGGGCUCAGCGGGCUAGAUGGGGUCACUGGACUCACUGGACAUGACCCGACAGUCAGUCGGCUUAUCUGCACUCCAAUUCCAGCCGGGGAGUGCAACCCGAAAAACUUUCAGCAACAAGCGGAUGACCCAUCGCUGUAUGCAGGCGAAGAUUGGGGAUACCUCCGCACCACCGCGGAGGAGCUCCGGCAGACCGUUCUGCAGCAAAAGGACCAAAUAUUAACAGACCAGCGGACCAUCAGGGAGCUGACAGGAAAACUAUCAGAGUGUGAGAAGGGACUGGACGGCAAAAGUAGCAGCAGCGCGGGCAGACGCGGGAGCGCGGCGGCGCUGCGAGGAGGCAAAGGCGCGGCAGAUGAGGCACACCUGGACCGGAUCAUGGUGCGGGAUAGCCCGUCUUCGACGUCCGACGGUGUGCACUUGCUCACAGUAAGAGCUGUGGAUGAACUGGAGCAGGCUAUAACUCAGCUCAAAGACCGUAUAGAGAAACUGGAGUCAGACAUUGGCCCAUUUCCUCACAACCAGACAGACAGCAACACCUCAGGAGUGCCAGAGGAAGGCAGGAUGUCUGGUGGCCCCAAUAGGUUCCCUGACCCCGGGCAUAGGUCUGGUUCUGACAGCUCCUGGAGAAUGGAAGACUUGGAGGGCGAGCUGGAAAAGAAGGUGCAGCUUCUUGAGAAAGAGAGGAAAGCCUUGAGGCUGGAAACAGAAAAACACAAUCAGGAAAUUGAGUGGGGCAUCAAUAAGCUACACCAUCGAAUCUCAGGGCUGGAGGAAGGUAUCUCAGGGCUCUUUCCAGAGGGCUACAGACUGUCCUUUCCAACACGCACAAACUACAUGUAUGCUGUUGUGACACACUCCAUCCCAAAGCUGCGAGCCUUCACCAUCUGCCUGUGGCUGCGGCCUGCAGAGAGAGGCAUCGGGACCCCCGUGUCUUACGCAGCUCCCGAACAGCCAAAUGAAUUGGUGCUGCUGCAAGGCCUGCACACUCCUGCUGAGCUGCUCAUCAAUGACAAAGUGGCUCAGUUGCCUCUGAACCUCUCCAGGGGCAGCUGGCAGCACAUCUGUGUGAGCUGGACCCAGAAGGGAGGAGCGUGGCAGGCUUACCAAGGGGGGAGGCUGAAGGGGGAAGGCCACGGACUGGCUGCUGGACAUCACAUUCGACCUGACGGAGUGCUCAUUCUGGGACAAGAGCAGGAUUACCUGGGUGGAGGAUUUGACUCAUCCCAGGCCUUGGUUGGGGAGUUGUCCCAGGUGGGUCUUUGGGACCGGGUCCUGACGUCUAGCCAGGUUGCCAGCUUAGCCCGCUGUGGUAGAGUAACCCAAGGAAAUGUGGUACCCUGGGCUGAGAAUGGAGUUGAUGUUUAUGGUGGAAUAACCAAAGACCCCGGAGAGCCUUGUAGUAAACACAGCAGGAGCUCUCAGUGA